ACUUUCAUAUGGUAACAAAGCAUUUAACGCGUUCCUGUAUAAUUCUGAACUAAAAUCUCCUGAGAGCAAGUUUGUAGAAUUUUGCUGCAAUUCGUGGGAAAUAUUCGAUGCUAAUUCAUAAUCAUUCAUAACCGAAGACCAAGUACAUGAGAGGAAGAGGUUCCAGAGAAGACAGUGUCAACCUCCCGCCACGAAUUCAUAUUAGCGGUGAUGAAAUCGAGAUGGUAGACGAGUUCGUGUAUCUGGGCUCACUGAUGACUGCUGACAACGACACCAGCAGAGAAAUUCGUCGACGCCUUAUGGCAGGAAAUCGUGCCUUCUUUGGACUCCGGAGGACGCUCCGCUCGAAUAAAAUCCGCCGCCGCACGAAGUUAACCAUCUACAAAACACUGAUCAGACCGGUAGUCCUCUACGGCCACGAAACCUGGACUAUGCUCGUGGAGGACCAACGCGCCCUUGGGGUUUUCGAACGAAUGGUGUUGCGUACCAUCUGUGAUGGAGUGAAGAUGGAAGAUGGAUUAUGGUGGAGGCGGAUGAACCACGAGUUGCAUAAGCUGCUGGGUGAACCACUCAUCGUUCAAACGGCGAAAAUCGGGAGACUACGGUGGGCUGGGCAUGUCGUUAGGAUGUCGGACGACAACCCGGUGAAAAUGGUUCUUGAUAACAACCCGACUGGAACAAAGCGACGGGGCGCGCAGCGAGCAAGGUGGCUCGAUCAAGUGGAAGACGACCUGCGGGGCCUCCGCAGACGACAUGGCUGGCGAGCUGCAGCCAUGGACCGAGUUGAAUGGAGACGACUUCUUCGAACAGCAAGGGACACUUCGGCCUGGAGCUGACUGGUAAGCAACCCCGCCGGCACAGGAAAAAAUGGGGGCGCAGCGUACAUGAUGGAAUGAGACUUCG